AUGAUAGCUUCGGUUGAAAUGAGACAAUUGUCACCAAUUUGUUGGUCACUGGUGUUGGCCGUAGUGUCACUCAUGGCAUCGCCUUCGCGGGCGUUAAGCGGAUCAGUUGUUUUGGAUUCACUCACUUUUGAUAAGGUUGUGACCAAAUUCAAGGCAUCGUUAGUGAAGUUUGACAUUCAGUAUCCAUACGGAGAGAAACACCAAGAGUUUGAGAAAGUGUCACAAUUGGCCAAAACGGCCCCCAAUUUACUGAUAGCCGAAGUCGGUGUCCAUGAGUUCGGCGAUAAGGAGGGCAUGGAUUUGGCCGCAAAGUACUCCAUAACCAGAGAUGACUUACCGGUGAUUAAACUGUUCGUAAACGGCGUGACCGACGAAGCCGUCCAUUACGACGACGAGUUCAAAUCGGAUCCAAUCAUACGAUUCAUACGAAGACAUUCCGGUAUAAGAAUACCAUUAGAGAUGUGUUUAGAAGAGUUCGAUGAUUUGGCCCAACGUUUUAUGGCUGAGAAGGCGAGUGAUCGGCAAAGACGUGAUGUCUUGGAUGCGGCGCAACGACUGAUGAAUGAAUUGAGUGAUGGCGAGCGCAAGAAAUGGGCCGACAUUUACAUACAAUUCAUGACUAAAGUGAUCGAAAAAGGGGAUCAAUUCAUCGCCACCGAGACCUCAAGACUCGAGGGAAUAGUUUCCCAAAACGAUAAUUGCGAGGAAUGA